ACGCGCGUUGUUUAUCACUGAAUAAUUACGACUAGCAACAGUUGUGUGAACAUGUUAACAUUAAUGUUAUGGUUUUGUGCGCUUAUUCACUUUGGUGCUCCAAAAAUCGGUUGCCGGGAUGAGAACAACAAUGUAGUUGAUUGGUACUAUUUGUAUAAAUUACCGGUGAAGAUAUCAGACGGUCCUAGUCAUGCCGGUGUUCGAUAUACUUUUAUAACACCAAACGAAGCCAACAAUUGGCAACUGUCCAAUCGAAAUAUAAAUGAAACCGAUAGCAUUCCUGGCCGAACGUUGGACACGGUGUUGAAAGAUAGUAAGGAUUUGCUGGUACUCCUGUACAACGAUGAACCUCCACUGAAUAAAACAGACGAGAUACGUGGACAUGCAAAGGGUGUUGUUGUUACGGAUGGUUCAUUCGGGUUUUGGUUGAUACAUUCUGUUCCGAAAUACCCACCGGAACUUGGCCAGUCCUACACCUAUCCCGAAACGGGUAAAAAGUAUGGUCAAAGUUUUCUGUGUAUCAGCAUGACAGCUGAUCAAAUGGAAUUUGUUGGACAGCAACUGCUCCUAAAUGAGCCACAUGUUUAUUCGUUCAACGCUCCAGCCAUAUUGCGAGAUCGUUUUCCACUGCUGGUUCAAGCGGGGAAUAUGAAAAAUUAUGAUAAACCUCCUCACUGGAAUAUUGUUGAACUGAAAUCACGUGCUGGUGUUGCAUUUCAUUCGUUUGCAAAAAACCGCUUGUUUAGAAAAGAAUUAUAUGCAGAUUUGAUAGCACCAGCUCUACAGGUUGAUCUGUUUGUAGAGUCCUGGCAGAGGGGCUCGGGCGAUUUACCUAGUGAUUGCUCCACAUCAAACUGGAAGGUUUUAAACGUAAAGAAGGUUUCGAUAGGCAAACGAUAUCGUUUUACUACACUAGAUGAUCAUUCAAAAUGGGCUGUGUCGACGAAAGGUUUUCCGAAUUAUGUAUGUGUUGGAGAUAUCAACAGGCAGGAACAUCAGAAAAUGCGUGGUGGAGGAAGUGUGUGUAGCCAACUGACAGCUGCUUCCACUGUAUACAGGAAUACUGUUGAAGAUGCUGAACAAUGUAAUAAUCUAAGUUAUGUACCGAACUAUUGGUCAAAUAUUCAUCUAUGAUUUAUUUUAUUUUAAGUUCUUCGCUCCAUUUAAUCAGAGCUGAAUUGUGCAUCAAAGGUUUGCUUGAAUAGUGUGUUAUUGAAUUUAUAAAAUAUACUAUGAAAAUAAU